GUCCUUUCCUUAAACCGGAAUUAACUUGCUUUACAAGUCCAGCUAUGAUAUCUGUCUACAUUCCUGUUUAUAUUUAGUAGCUCUUCUAUAUUCUCAAGACUCUGGAACUCCCACAAUCUUCUCCUCAUUCGUUGACCCUGAGGAGCUCAAGUUUUCAAGACCUGAAAAGGAGAAUCUCAAAUACUAGGGUGGGGCAGGCAUCAUGACUGCCAGGCUCAUAGGAUUCUUUCUACUUCAGGCAGCUUCCUGGGCACAUGGUGCUCAACCCUGCAUCCCUAAAAGUUUUGGCUACAGCUCAGUGGUCUGCGUUUGCAAUGCAACGUACUGUGACUCUCUUGACCCCCUGACCCUACCUGCUUUGGGUACCUUCAGCCGCUAUGAGAGUACUCGAAGUGGACGACGGAUGGAACUGAGUGUUGGGUCCAUUCAGGCCAAUCGCACUGGCACAGGGCUCCUGCUAACCUUGCAGCCAGAAGAGAAGUUCCAGAAGGUGAAGGGAUUUGGAGGCGCAAUGACAGAUGCCACUGCUCUCAACAUUCUCGCGCUUUCACUCCCCACCCAGAAGCUGUUGCUGAAAUCAUACUUCUCCAGUGAAGGAAUUGAAUAUAACAUCAUCCGGGUACCCAUGGCCAGUUGUGACUUCUCCAUUCGUGUCUACACCUAUGCCGACACCCCUAAUGACUUCCAAUUAUCCAACUUCAGCCUCCCAGAAGAAGACACCAAGCUCAAGAUACCCCUGAUUCACCAAGCCCUGAAAAUGUCCCCACGCCCCAUUUCACUUUUUGCCAGUCCCUGGACAUCACCAACUUGGCUCAAGACCAAUGGAAAAGUGAAUGGGAAAGGAUCUCUCAAGGGUCAGCCAGGGGAUAUCUAUCACUGGACCUGGGCCAAUUACUUUGUCAAGUUUCUGGAUGCUUAUGCUAAGUACAAGAUAAAAUUCUGGGCAGUGACAGUGGAGAAUGAACCUUCUGCAGGGCUCAUUACUGGGUAUCCCUUCCAAUGCCUGGGCUUCACUGCUGAACACCAGAGAGACUUCAUUGCCCGUGACCUAGGGCCAGCCCUUGCCAACAGUUCUCAUGAUGUCCAGCUAUUCAUGCUAGAUGAUCAGCGUUUGCUAUUGCCCCGCUGGGCGCAAGUGGUACUAUCAGACCCGGAGGCAGCUAAAUAUGUUAAUGGCAUUGCUGUACACUGGUACUUGGAUUUUCUGGCUCCAGCCAAAGCCACUUUAGGGGAAACACACCGCCUAUUCCCCAACACAAUGCUCUUUGCUUCAGAGGCCUGUGUGGGCUCCAAGUUCUGGGAACAGAGUGUUCGGCUGGGCUCCUGGGAUCGAGGGAUGCAGUACAGUCACAGCAUCAUUACGAAUCUCCUUUACCACGUAGUUGGAUGGACUGACUGGAACCUUGCCCUGAAUCCUGAAGGAGGGCCCAACUGGGUCCGAAACUUUGUUGAUAGCCCCAUUAUUGUAGACAUCCCCAAAGAUACAUUUUACAAACAGCCUAUGUUCUACCAUCUUGGCCACUUCAGCAAGUUCAUUCCUGAAGGAUCCCAGAGAGUGGGAUUGGUAGCCAGUAAGAAGAAUGACUUGGAAACAGUGGCACUGAUACGCCCUGAUGGCUCUGCAGUUGUGGUCGUGUUAAACCGCUCCUCUAAGGAUGUCCCUCUAACCAUCAGUGAUCCUGACCUGGGCUUCUUGGAGACCAUCUCACCUGGCUACUCCAUUCACACUUACCUGUGGCGUCGACAGUGACAGAACAGAUACCCAAGCAGGCACCUGGGUUUAGCAUGGACAUUAAAAGGAAAGAGUUA